AUGGGGAACAUCGCCUGCGUCCCGCAGGCUCCCGGCGGCUUCAGGAGCUCCUUCCGAAGGAAACCCUCUCUGAAGAAGGAACAAAAUGGCAAGAAAAAGUUACCCAGCUUUUUUGGAGUAGACGGAGGCCAGGAGAGAGACACGACCACGGACAAAAUCCUGCAGUAUAUUCCAGCAAAGAUUAUUCAGAAGCAGGAAAACCAGAAGGAAAACUUGGACCAGAGGUUCCCCAGCUUGUUCAAGAAGGGCAGAAGGAAAACGAUUGUCAGGAAUUUGGGCAAGAUGAUUUAUUAUUCCAAGGUCAAGUUCAAGUUCCAGCACUGCCAGGAGGUCAACAACUGCUUCCUGGAGCUGUUCCAGUCCUACCUGUACUUCCAGUCCAUGGGUCCCAGUGGCCUCACCUACCAGGAUCUGGUGCCUCUGAAGGAGCUGGAGGUGCGUGAGCUGGGGGCUGGGCAGAGCCCCGGGCAGCAGGACCACGCUUUCCACAUCUCAGGGCCUCUGCUCAACCCCCUGGUCGUGUUCUGCCCCUCGGAGGCUGAGCUGAAGCAGUGGCUUUACCACCUGGAGAAGCAGAUCCAGCUCUGUGGAGGGAGCCUGGCCUUGCCCCUGCUGUCCCAGAGCGGCUGGACAAGCGCUGGGACCAAGGAGGAGCUGUGCUGGUCCGUGCAGAACCUGCCCGUGCAGGACUGGAGAGGGACCCAGCGGGAAUCCCUGGGAGAAAUCCUCUGUGUGUCCAAGGUGAAGCUUCAGCACCUGCCCUUCCAGGAGCAGCACGACCGGCUCCUGGUGCUCUACCCCUCCACGCUGGUGAUUGUGUCCGAGGAGCCCCAGGGCCUCUGUUUCAAGGGAGAGCUCCCACUCAACGCCAUCCAGGUGCUUUUUGAGGAGAAUGACAAAACCUCCUUCCUGAUCGAAGGCCGACUGAUAAACUCCAUCCGGGUGACCUGUCCCAGCUACCAGGACUACCAGGAGUGGCUCUACUCCCUCAAAACCGCGCAGUUCCGAAACGCCGAUUCCUCCCUCUCGGGAUCCGAGAGCUUCUCGGGGUCAAAGCUACCACACCCCGGCCAGCUGGCCAGCAGCGGGAGGGGAUCGCUGAGCUCGGAUGGCCGGACCAACUCCUGGGCGUCCGGAGGGAGAGUGACCACACUGACCCAGCUGUCCCAGGCCAGUGGCUCCCUGCCUGAUGGCCACUCCUUCCUGCCAGCCCCCGAGGAGCCCCUGUCCCCUGGCUACUCACAGCCUCUGCAUAGCCUGGCACAGCCCGGCUGGCGCAGCUCAGGGCUGCCCACGCAGGAGCUGCGCAGGGGGAACAGCGCCAGGAAAUCCAAGAGCAAGAGCAGCGGGCAGCAGGACCCCGAGAGGAGCAUCUGCAGCCUCAUCCCCGAAAAUCCCAAAGCAGAGAUGCAUUCCCCGGUGUACCACGAGCCCUACUCAGCACACGGCUCCCAGCACCACCCCACACAGCAUCAUCACCCCACACAGCAUCAUCACCCCACACAGCAUCACCCCCCGGCACAGCUGGAGCUGGGCAGGUGGCACUGCCAGCCCCUGCCCACGGCCCCCACCUACAGCACCCCGGGCACCUCACGCCGGCUGUGGGCACCUGCCCAGGGCUCCUACCUGGGGGAGAUCUCCUCCCUGCCACAGGAACACCUGGGCCCUUCACUGCAUCCCCCAGGUGGCAACUCUGGCACCUAUGAGCUGGCAGAUGUCACCUGUCCCUGCCAGGACUCCUUGUCCUACCACGACUACGCCGAGCUCCAGAGCUUCCAGAGCGACUUCAGCUACGACAACCUGUGGGAGGCUGAGGAGAAGGAGAUGGGCUCCCCCCGCAGCUCCUCCCCUCCUGCCCAGGAGGAUUUCCAGGUGUUCCAGGUCUAA